GCUCCAGACCGGGGGAAGUUCUUCUCCAAUUGUCUCAUUUGAAAAGGACGAAGAAAUCAACCCCUCCCUCUCUCUUUUGCUUCCCUCCCUCCCUUCGUUCACUCGUCCUCUCUCUCUCUCCCUCUCUGUCCUUCUCUCCAUCCCCUCCCCCCGUGACAGAGCACACCUGCCUGAUCUUGGCUGCAGGCGUCCACACAGCGAUCAGCCCUCGGCCUGCCCCGCUGCACAUCGGCUCCAGCCCUCUCUGGACUUGCAGAUCUUCGUCUGCCGCUCUACGUGCUCCUGUACGUGCAGGCCUUCGUCAGCAACAUGAAAUCGGCCUGUCUCUCCCUGCUUUUGGUGUCUGUAUGCUGGGCUCUGCCCUUCCGUCAGUCCGGUUUCAUGGACUUCGUAAUGGAGGAUGAACCGGCUUCAGGAGAUGGUCCAGGUCCAGAAUUGCCUACCACUCGUAAACCACUUGUUGAAAGACUUCCUAUGAUGCCAGAAGGACCUGAAGUACCUUUCUGCCCCUUCCGAUGCCAGUGCCAUCUGCGGGUGGCCCAGUGUUCUGACCUAGGUCUGAAGACUGUUCCAGAAAAAAUUCCACUUGAUACCACUCUCCUGGACCUGCAGAACAACAAGAUCACGGAGAUCAAAGAAAACGACUUCAAAGGCCUGAAGAGUCUCCAAACGCUCAUCUUGGUCAACAAUAAGAUCACUAUCAUUCAUGCGAAGGCGUUUUCUUCUCUGAUCAAUCUGGAGAGACUUUACCUGUCCAAGAACCUCCUGAAGGAAGUUCCUGCAAAUAUCCCGAAAAGCCUGCAGGAGCUGCGCAUUCACGAGAACCAGAUUAACAAAAUCAAGAAGUCUUCUUUCGCUGGCAUGGCCAAUGUCAUCGUCAUGGAGCUGGGCUCAAACCCUCUGAGUAGCUCGGGAGUCGAUAACGGGGCUUUUGCUGAUCUGAAGAGGGUCUCUUACAUCCGAAUUGCCGACACCAACCUCACCUCUAUUCCCAAAGGUCUGCCCGGCUCGCUAUUUGAACUUCACCUGGAUGGAAACAAGAUCACCAAAGUGACCGCAGACAGCCUGAAGGGCCUGAAGAACCUGUCCAAGCUUGGUCUGAGCCACAAUGAGAUCAGCGUGGUGGAGAACGGCUCUCUGGCCAACGUGCCUCACCUGAGGGAACUUCACCUGGAAAAUAACGCACUUACUGCUGUCCCAGCCGGCCUACCAGACCACAAAUACAUUCAGGUGAUCUACCUUCACUCCAACAAGAUCGCUGCUGUGGGAACAGAAGACUUCUGCCCACCAGGCUAUAAUACAAAGAAGGCCAUGUAUUCAGGCAUUAGCCUGUUCAGUAAUCCAGUGCCCUAUUGGGAGGUGCAGCCAAUCACCUUCCGCUGUGUCUUCGACCGCUCGGCCAUUCAGCUCGGCAACUACAGGAAGAAGUAGAGCGUCCGAUCAGACGACUCAGUCACUGUUUUCAUCCCGCCCCUUCCUCUCUGACCCUUUCAAGCACACAAUUUAGUCUGAAUCUCAUAUUUGAGUACCAUCCAAAACCUAGCUAACAUAAAAACAAACGUUUUGCUGAUGUUCCUGUUAAGUUGUGAGGAUGUUAUUUCAGUAUGCUCUCUGAGUAUCUAAAAUGUUUUGUUAGAUCAACCCGCAAUGAAAAUCUUCAAUGUGUUCAUUCACUCACCCGUAUGUUUCCAAGAAAUGUGCUUGUUCAGAACACAGAUGAAGAUAUUUUGAAUGAAUUUGAGAGAUUUCGAACAUCCAAUGUUUUAUAACCUAAUAACAUUUUCAAAUAUGUUGUUUUUCAUAACCUUAAGGGAACAUUACCAAAACAUUUCGUGUUACACUCUUAGAAAUAAAGGUUCUUUAUUGGUGUUGAUGGUUCCAUGAAACUUUUUUAUCGCACAAAAGUUGUUUGCCAUGAAAAGUAGUGCUUUUUGUUUGUACAUUAUCUAAAAAAAUGGUUCUUUGAAGAACUUUUCACUGAAAAAGUUCUUUAAAGAACAAAAAUAUCCUCUUUUUGGAUCUUCCGUCUUUAUUUUUAAGAGUGAAACUAGGAAUAGCAGCAUUACUCUUUUCAACAUGCAGUUUGCAAGACAGAAAUCACCUGAUAUUUCAAAUGACCAAAUGCAUAUCAGUAUUGAACUAAACAUACAGAUGAUGUUGCUAUAAUUGCAGAAGAGAGCAGAAUAUGUAUGAUUUUAUUUGAAGAUAUAAAAAGAAAAGAAAGUCAAGCCGUUACCACUUAGAAUAUCCAAUAGCGCACAUCAUGAUCGCCCAGACAAAAUGUUGAAUUUUUGGAGGGUUGUUUUGGACCUUUUGGACAGAAGCCAUGUUGUUGAUGAUCUCCGCCUGCCUGUGGAGCGGGCAGCAAAGGUUAACACACGUCAGCCAAUAACAAGAGCUUGUAUGCUAGAAUGUACGCAGUUAUUGCUUUUUGUUUAGCUCUAGUUCAGUUUGUGCUGUUGAAAAUCAUUCUGAAAUGGGAGAAAACAGCAAGUCUCUUUGUUCUUGGUUCUUUUUUUUGUUUUUUGUUGGUGACAUUUGUGUUCACGAUCUCAUCUGCUCUGCCCAUAGAAUAUACUUGUCAUUUCGACGAAAGUGAUUCCCCCAACAUAUACGCAUGCUUUUCCUUGAUGAAUGUGGUGUGAUGUGCGAUUGUGUGUCUUUUUGUGUUUGUUGAUCGUCUGUGUUUCAGUCUGGAAGGACCGGGAGGGAGACGGUGGACAUGGACACCUCCUGCUUUCAUGAGAGUCGCGAAUGUCUCUUGUAUAGACGCUGUAUAUAAACGCUGUAUAAAAGAAUCCUAUCAAUGCUUUCAAGCACAAGCACUUACAGUAGUUUGGACUUUAAUAUAUCAGCAAUAAAGGUAAUCCCUUUCUCUCUCUCUCUCUUUCUCUCUUUCUCUGUCCAAUGAGGGCUCCGACACAGGUGUCUUGAACAAAAUAAACAGUCAAAUCUCUCACCGUGCUUUCUGGAAAA